UGUCUCCAGUCCGCUGUUGUCACCCGUAGAGACAGCCGCUUAUCUUUAUAAUUUAUUCGAAAUGCUAUAAUUAUUAUUAUUUGCCAAUUUUUAAAAGUUUUUGACGCGUUAUGGUGAUGAGAUUGUGAAAUAGUUUAUACUCGGCGACCUCUGCGUGUGUUAGUGUAAACAGAAAGAUGGCAGAUUUCGAUGCCAUCAACACCAUCGAGAGGGAUGAGGAGGAUAAUUCUUCCUCGUCCCUAGAGUCCUACACACAGACGCCUGAGCCUGUCAUCAUUAGAGGUGCAGGCAACAUUACCGUGUUUGGCCUAAGUAACCGCUUUUGUCGAGAUUUCCCAAGUGCAUUGACUGGCAGAUUAGCUCCAGAAGAAUUUACAGGCUCAGUAGGGCGUGUAAACACAGUUCUCAGGAAGACACUACCAGUAUCUGCUCGAUGGCUUCUCUGUGGCUGCUGCUUCUGUUUGUGUACCUGUGGUUGUUCUCUUUGGCCAGUAAUAUGCCUUAGUAAAAGGACAAGAAAUGCAAUAGAAAAAACUUUAGAAGCAGAAAAUACUAACCUGUAUCACAAACUCGGCUUACACUGGCGACUUGCAAGACAACGAUGUGAUAAUUCUUCACUCAUGGAGUAUGUUCUGGUGAUAGAAGUUAUUCCCAAAAAAGAUAUACUACGACCUGACUGACGGAGUAGGUUGGCCUCGUCCCCAGAGCUUUUCAGAAAAGUCAAGGGGAGGCUGACUCUAGUGAUGACUUGUCAUAUGCCAUCAGAUUUGACAGAGUGGCAUGGGUCACAAAUGUUAUCCUUGACAUUUACUUUACUCAUCAGUUAUUGGUGAAGCACUUUCUCCAUGCUUUGGCAUUUGUCUAAUUUCACAUACUUCACUUGUUUCUUAUCGAGUCAUAAAAGUAUAAGUUUUAAUGUAUAUACAGGUACAAUAUUAUUGCAAAUACAGUACUCUGUAAUGUACAUAAUAUGCCCCUUUGUAUAUAGAAGGCUUUGGAGGCACACUUUCUCAAGUAUUUUUUGAUGAAAGUUGAAUAUUUGGGCUAUCAUUCUGUAAAUUUUGCCAUAUUCAUAUUUUAAGUACAAUACUCUGGUACAUUUCUACCUUAUGGCAAUAAGUGACCAGAGAGAAAUGAUGGUUCACACAACACAAGUUACUGUAGGAUGUAGCCUUAUAUGUUAAGUCAUUGUAAGGUGCUCUCAUUAUAACAUGUAUGGUUGCAAUUUACACUUAAUUUUCCAUUUGUAUUACCACAGAAGUAUAUCUGUAACACGGGUGGACCUUUGGUCAGUUGCUGUAUAGGCUUCAUCAUUUUUAUUCAAAGUGAGAAACAGUAAUGACAUUUAAACUGACAGUAACCAUGGAACAAUCCAUUAAUAUAUGAUGUGCAAUGAUUCCAAGUUCUACUUUUUAAAUGUACAGAGAAAUGCACUCUUCGUUGACAGACAUGCCAGAAAUAAUCUAUAGUCAGGACUUGCUGUGUGUUCAGCAGGGUGGCGUGGUUAGUACCUUCUCGAUACAAACUAAACAGCCCUGCGAGUACCUUUGAAACACUUCAUUCACCCAUAUGUUCUUUAUUCUAAUUUCUGUUUACUAGUCCUUCUCAAUAUGAAUUAGAUUAACUUUACUUGGAUAUACCAUACUGUACAAAUUUAAUAAUUCCCUUUAUGGUCUGUACUUUAGUUUCAGCUCCCUUCUUAAUACAGUAUCAUUUGUUUCUUGGCUUCCUAAUAACGUUGUCUAUCAAAAUGUCCCCACUUGAAAAAAAAAAAGCCUUAGCUUGUGCAUACGAUAUAGAUGCAGUGUUCGAGUGUUAGACUCGUGUUUCAUUUGGAAAUUAGUGUUGAUGUGGAUAUCUUGGUUAACUAGCUAGUGGCUUAGCUCUUCAUUACUCUGGUACUAUAAUAUACUUUAGUUUAAAUCUGGGUAUUUUUCUUGCAGAAUUUUCUUCCCCCCCCAAAUGUUUAUUAUUUAAGAAUUUAUUAAGUAUGUAAGGUUCACUCAACAAUAUUUUUUACAAAUAUGAUCCACUUUCUUUAUAUUGGUACAGUACAGUACGUACUCAGAUUUUGGUUUGUCAUCAAUUAAAAAGUAUUCUUUGUAUGUGCAGACGACGAGUCACAAUAACGUGGCUGAAGAUAUGAUGACCAAACCACACAUCAGAAAAUUAAGACAAGACAACGUUUCGGUCCGUCCUGGAGUAUUAUCAAGUUGUGUAAUCGUCCAACCUGAUAAUGGUCCAGGACAGACCUAAAUGUUGUCGUUUCUUCAUUUUCUGAUGUGUGGUCUAGUCUUCAUCCUUUGUAUGUCAUUAUUAUACCAAAAUUAUCGCAACAAACUUUACUUUAUUUCCAUAAAUUAUAUAUUAAUUCUAUACUUUGAUGUUUCCUACUAUAAUGUACAGUAAAUAAAAGAUCGGAGAAACUAAACAUUCUUGCCUUACUACAGCCAUAAACUACAUGCUUGAUAAAUUUGCGAGUCUUCGGCAAAGACUCUUGUCCAUGCAAGCUCUUUAUGUACACAUUAGCUUUCACUUCACAUCUUGCAUUCAUAACGUGUUCCAGUCAUUCACUGCGAGUUCUGUCAUGCAUUAUACAGUACCUUAUUUUAUAUAAAUAAAUAUAUUUACAUUAAAUUACAUUUGGCAGUAUACUGAGUUUGUUAGUAGAUAUACAUAUAUCUUGAGGUUUACAUGAAGAUUUGCCAAACCAAUUUGCAAGGCAAAUGUACUGCAAAAAUUUGAGUCAAUAAGGUUUAAAAGUUUGUAGUUAAUUUCCAUGUUUUCCUUAUCUGGGCUUCAUAUUAGUACAUUUAAAUGCAGUAUUUUGUAAAAAAAUUUAGAAUGUCAUUCUUAAGAUUUCUGCUUACUUAAUACUUAAUAAAUACUUAAGUGUAUUUAUUGCACUUUAGUAUUAACAGAAUAUUGAUGUCUAUAGCAAAAAUGGUUACAACAACAAGAUUUCAUCUCUCAUCUGAAGUGCAAUUGAAUCAUGCCUUUUGCUUUUGUCUUGCUCAUGUAUACUGUAUAUGUGUGUGUGUGUGUGUGUGUGUGUGUGUGCUCCCUUCUUAUGAAAUAUGCUUGGGUGCUGUGUUCACCAGGCAUUGUAUGCAAGGAAUAAUGUUUUGCACAUGAUUUAUUGUAAAUUGCUCAUGUUGACUGAUAAUGAAGUUCAGAUUGAAAUAGUUUUUUUUCAUGCCAUAAAUUAUUAAAGUUUCUUUGGAAACAGGAAUUGCUUCAUUUACAGAAUAAAGGACAUCUCACAUAAGUCAUUCUUGGAAAAUAUCAUAUUUUUAUUUUAUUUUAAUACAUGCUUUGGCAUGCCUGUGGGGUGGCAACUACGGAAUUUACAAUAUUGAUCUUGAAGUUACGGCUCCUUUUACGGAUAUGGAAUAUUAAGAGUGAAAAAAUUAAUGGUGAUAGACUAUUAACACAGUAUCUAUGAUAACCUCACCCCCCAUUUUUUGUUUAAUUUCUGAAUAGGUUUUAAUACCUUAAGCAAUUCUUAAUAUCUUUGCACAUUCUGAUUAUAUAAUGCAAGCAUAUGUUGCUUGCUUCAUAGAUGUGUUUAGCCAAUGUGCAGAAGUUUUAGGGCCUGUCUGUGACAUCCUGCUUGGGAUGCUAGAGAGUGCACAUGAUAUUAGUAUACACGAAAAGAAUGAAUAAUUAUUGGUCAGUCAAGUUAGAAACUGUUGGGUUUGGUCAGUAACUGGAUGCGUUAGGGUCCACUUGAUAAGCCUAGUAGGAUUCCUUAGCAAGACAAUGAUAAACUAGUACAGUAUACCAAUAAAUUAUAUGUGAAAUGUAAGGCUAUGACUUUCAUUUUGUUGUUGAAUAAUAGAUGGGGAAAAGUAUUAAAAUAUAGUUUUUAAAAUACUUGUAAAUAUAAUUCAUGAAACUGCAGUGUUAGGUUUGUGAUAAAAUAUGGAGAAACAAGCUAAUAUUAUAGUAAUUAAAUAAAAAGGAAUUGAACA